UCUCCGGCACGGCGACCGUACGAGAAAUCUAGAGGAAAAACCAACAAGGGGAAAUUCCUCCGCGCAGCGCGCCAUUGACUGUAAAGACCUUUCAACUUAACAAAAACUGAAGUUGACAAACGUAUCCCCGUCGGCUGAAACUGUGAGAAAGAGUUUGUUUUUUCGGCGAAGGGGGCAAAGCAGAAGAAGACGAUGCUGCACACGGUGGAGGUUUCUGAGUACGCUGGCGGGUUUCGGUAAAUGAGCGACGGCUGUACCGCGGCGUUUUGUUUUGAUUUCCAUGUGAAAUGCAAUUAGUGCUCCGCGGUGCUCGCUAGUUUGGCUCGCGGAGCGGAGCACACUCUGAACUUGUUUCUCGCCUCGGGAGCACAACAUGGAGCAUUAUCAGGAGGAUCUGGGACUCCGGGCCAGUAAUUUAAUGCAGGAUCUUUCCUUGUACGAUGCGUAUAAAGACGGGAUGUACAAUUCGAGGAGAGACUUGGUGAUUAACCCCGAUUUGGACUUUUCGGCUCCGGCGGUAGCGGAGCAUAAAAGUAAGCCAAUGAAUGGCACCUCUGUGCUUCACCAGCAGCAUCACACAGUGGAGAAUUUCACGUCUUUAAACAAAGUGUACAACGCGGCUCCGGUGCGCCCCGUCAAUUGCAACCGGACCGUGCCUGUGGAUUUUUGUGCCCCUCAGAGAGACGCGGUUUAUAGUGAAGAGGGCUGCUGCACCAAAUCCGAAGUGGCUUUGCCGUGCUACACGGGCGCUUCAGAGAGGCACAGGAGGUACUCUCUGGAGGUGCAGGGCCACAGGUACAGCACCGGCUCCGCCUUCGACGGCGUGCCCCUCAACAAACCGGUGGCUCUCCCCGGCAACAGGUGCAACAGUGUCUGCAUCACCAGCAGCCACGACGGGAGAUACAACGCCACCAGUCCUCGGUCCAGCCUGGCAUCCUCUCUGUCUUCUCAAGAGCAGAGCAAGCAUGCCAGCCCGAGGUCGAGCAUCAGCAGCCCGCGCACUAGUUUGGUGGUACCGGGUCAGGACAGGUACACGAGCCCCAGGUCUAGUUUGGUCCACUGCGAGGGCAACAGUGUCCUCAGUCCCAGAUCCAGCUAUGCAAGCACCGCCAGCGACACGAGUAAACACUCCAGCCCCCGGGCCAGUCUCAACAGCUGUGACUGCUGCAGCAAGCCCAGCAGCAACCGCACCAGCGGCAUCAGCAUGGGCUACGACCAGAGGCACACCAGCCCCAGGUCGAGCACGGCGAGCCAGUACUCCUUCACCACCAGCCCGAGGUCCAGUUACUCUGACUCGCGGUACGGGCCCGUGGUCAACCAUGAUUUAGAGGGGGCGAUUUUACACGCUGCGCCGCUGGCGAGUCCCCGUUCGAGCAUCUGCAGCCAGGAUGGGAGCGCAAGACCGGGGGCCACCGCAAACUGCGUGGUCAGUCCCCGGUCCAGCAUCUCCAGUCACAGCUCCAGAAGUUCCCGCAGCUCCAGGGGGUCUAUGAGCACCUACCCCGACAUGCAGCUGCCCUCACCCAGGUCGUCGAUGCUGGGAAGCAGUUUACACGAGGAUACGCUGCUCCAGGAGUUUGGAGACUCCAACGGGAUCCAAAAUCGCAUCCAUCUCCAGGGGCUUUCGGCGGUGCCUGAGCCCCAGCAGCAGUCAGCUCAGACGGGAGGGACUGCGGAGAUGACUGCGGGGUCGCCAUCGUCAUUUAAUUAUGGGAUGUCCUCAAAAACAGCUUCCUCGGGCCAGAGGUUUAAGCUACCUUACCAGGUGACCCCCAGCCGGGAAAGCGGGCCAAGCCAGGCGGAGAGACGGCUGGAGGCGCUCACCUUGGAGCUGGAAAAGGAGUUAGAGAUGCACAUGAAAAAGGAAUACUUUGGUAUCUGCGUCAAAUGUGGGAAAGGUGUAUAUGGAGCCAGCCAAGCCUGCCAGGCCAUGGGGAACCUGUACCACACAAAUUGCUUCACUUGCUGCUCCUGUGGGAGGAGGCUGCGAGGGAAAGCGUUCUACAACGUUAAUGGGAAGGUGUACUGUGAGGAGGAUUUCCUGUACUCUGGUUUCCAGCAGACGGCUGAGAAGUGCUUCGUGUGUGGUCACCUCAUCAUGGAGAUGAUCCUCCAGGCGCUGGGCAAGUCCUACCAUCCAGGCUGUUUCCGCUGCGUGGUGUGUAAAGAGGGUCUAGAUGGAGUGCCUUUCACCGUGGACGUUGAGAACAACAUCUACUGUGUCAAAGACUACCACACGGUCUUUGCCCCCAAGUGUGCCUCCUGCAACCAGCCCAUCCUUCCAGCCCAGGGCUCUGAGGAAACCAUCCGGGUUGUUUCUAUGGACAAGGACUACCAUGUGGAGUGCUACCACUGUGAGGACUGUGGUCUCAAGCUAAACGACGAGGAGGGCCACCGCUGUUAUCCACUGGAAGGUCACCUGCUCUGCCACAGCUGCCACAUCCAUCGGCUGUCGCAGGUCCCUCCCCACCCGCCCCCCAGCUACCCUCUCCAUGUCACUGAGCUGUGAGGAGGAGGAGGGUGGGCAGCAACCAAGCCCUGCCUCCCAGGUGAUCUGGGACACCAGCAGUGGGCAAAAAAAAAAAAAGGCCUGCACCCCCUCCAGCAGUUCCAGGGAAGCCUCUGUGUGGCCAUCUGAGCUUCUGCCCCUGUUCUCAACUGGACAGCCAGGCCGUGGACUAACACACACUGUGCAGCUCCCACCAUAAGCCCUGCUGUCACAUGACAGGGCUGGGAAAAAAGGGUCCCCCUCCUCCUCCAUCUGUGGUCCUUUCCUCCCCCCUUCCCCUUGGGUGCCUAACCCUGAAAGCCAACACGCCGGCUCAUCCAGAGGCCCCUGGUGACGUCACACCCCCUGACCCCUGCACAUUCAUCAAAGAGAGGGUUUUUGGAUCGGAGGAGCGAUCGCAAGCUCGUCUCCUUCCUUGCUUCCCUCUCUUCCUUUCCAUGUUUUUCAUUCCUGCGCUCUGACUGAAGCGGUUUACCGCAGCCGAUUCACCAGCGCUGUCACGUCUGAGAACGCUGCUGAUCUCUUCAUCAGGGAGGCCAGGGAACGAGCCACUACAUUCCAGUGCUGGCUGGACCGGACAGGCCCCAGGGUGGGCAUGCUGUGCCUUCUGAGCGGGCUCUCUCUGUGCAGCUAUUAACACUGAAAUGGAGCCCUGCUAAAGGCUAUGCAAAGGACACCCAGCAUCUUGACACAGGGCUGUGAGAAAAAGAAUAAAAAAACUGUUGACUCAUCGCUCCUCUCCCUGCACCACCCCAACAUAACAGAUGCACCGUAGCACCACAAGCCCAGAGGACCGACUGACAUUCCACUUAGAUGAGCUUAGAUGAGACCUUGAGAGAUUCACAAGCAGUGUCUUAAUUAAUGAUUAUAUUAUGACAGAAAAAGAAAAUUUUAGAUGCACAUAGAUUGUCUUUUAUAUAUGAAUAUAUAUUUUGCAGAUGUUUUCCACAUAAGAUCCUAGGUAUAGAUUCUUGUUUUUGUUUGGUUUUUUUUUGUUGUUGUUGCUGCGCUCAUGAUAGAUUCAGAGGUGAAACACGCUGUCUGUCACGCAGUCUGAAGCCUCUGAAGACUUUGGCUCUGUUGUAUCAUUUCUCCUCCAGGACACAGAGCCUCUCCAUGUCUGUCCGUGGGUCGGAGGUCCACAGGCUUUGUAGGAGCAGGCGUGGCUCAAUUGGUAUUUGCCUGCAGUUGUUUUAUUCCACUUUGAGAACCAGAUGACUAUUUCCCAAAUGUGACAGCAAAUGAGCUUGUUUCACAUAACAUAACCCCUCUUUCCAUCGACUGCUGACGGCCAUAACACACACUGUCAAACAUUUCUGCACACUUUCAGCUUGAUUUUCUUAUCUUUAAUCUUAAGCACUGUACUUAUUGUAAAUGUAAGUGAGAAACAAAGUGAAAUGAAAAAGUUUUUAACUUUGAACUAUAAUUAGAAAUGGCAUAGAUGGAUAAUUAUAUCUAUUUGCAUUACAGUUGAUUCUAGCACGCUUUUAAUCAGUUUUAAUCAUACAAGCCAAACACAUUAACCUUUCCUGCACAUUGACUUUAAUGGUGCAGUAAUUUAAUGUGAUAGAUUUUGUUUUACUAUGUGUUGUAGUUAAUUCCUACAAAAUUAAUCUGUCUUAACUUUCGGCCAUUCAAAAAACUCAUUCUGACUUUCUGUCAGCGGUCUCACUGUUGUGCCAAAAUAUCUCACAGAGCUGUAAGAUUAGGCUUAAUCUUUGAGAUUUUACCAAGAAGUAAGUUUUUAAAUUCAGAGAUUUAGGCCUUUUGGUGGAACAUGAAAAGACACUGAGCGGUUAUCAUAUAGGGCUGAGCGUGUAGAAUGUAUGUUAAAAACAUACAGAAAGAUUGAACAGGCCAUUGUACACCAUGUUGUGUGCUACAGGUGCCUCCUCAGAGGAGACAAAGAUGUGGACUAUUUACUGUUUGAUUUAUACCAUUUCAUAAAAAUAGCCAUGCACAUGUGUCAGUAAACUAUUCCGUACUUAUACAGGAAAUCAUCUGGAACCAGCCAGAAGGAAGGAAGUACAUUCCUUCAAACAAGAUAAAUGUGAAAGGUCUCAGGUGAAUUUGAAAGUAAUUUUCUGUCAGUGGCUUUUCCCUCACCACUGUCUGACUCUAUCUAGUACUCAAAGAGGAACAAAACAUUGCAUGAUUAUUUUCAAAUACCUUUUGCUCCAGGUCUGUUCAGGACACUGUUUCCUUGUAUGUUUUCCAGACAUUGGUUUUUGUCACAUGAGCACUGAGAACACAGUGCGUUCCUAUGAGGAACCUUCACUUGUUCGCAUGCCUUAAGACAGAACAGGUAUGUUUGUGUGUCUCGUUCAGGGACCUGUAUCACGGAGCAAGUUCAGCUUAGUCUGGCUCUCUUGGGGUUAUCCAGCUCCACAGAGCCUAACAUCAGCCGUCCUGGACAACCUGCAUCAUGAGGCUGGUUAUCAGCUGGCUCUGUUAACUCUGGGACACUAUGCGUGUGACAAAUGGAAAGCUUGGAACAGAAAAACGAUUCUGCGCAUCACUUUAUUGUAAACUCUUUUUGUCCAUUUUGGGGUCCUGUAGGAAUGAUGGCUCUGUUUUUCCACUGAUUUGAUUGGUCAGUGUGGUGUUUAAUCUGAUCCUCUGAAGUUCACCACCUGCUCUGGAGCAGGUUAGCUGUGCAGCAGACGUUACCAUGGUGAUCUACCCUGGUUAAGAACGAGCCAGCUUUGUGAUACCAGAAAACCUGAGUUAAGCCCAAAGAUAGCUGGAUAACCCCCUAAUCUCGCUUUGUGAUACAGCCCCCCCCAGUCUGCUGUUUUGGUGUGUGGGGGUGUGUACCCCUGAAAACUUGGAGCUGCUGGUCCCACCCAUGUUUUUAGGGAGUAGCCCCCCCCAACCACUUUCCCUUGCUGGUUGUGUGCGUCUGUUAAUGUGUGUGUGUGUUUGUAUGUGGGCAGGCGCUUGUAUGGAUGUGUUUCAGUGAGUACUGCGUGUAUGUGUGUAUAUGCAAAACAAAAUCUAUGUGAGACAGAAGAAGAAAAAAACAAAAAAAACUUGAAACUCCGAGCUGUGGUGGUGCUGGAAGAAGAGUGUCAGCCCUCUCCACUGGGUUUCUGUUAUGAAUGAGUUUUAUUGGAUUGGCCCUCAGUAGAUCAUUCCCUUUACAUGAAAGGACGAAAGCCAGAAUCCAAGAUCCUUUAGGGAGCUUCUGUUUUUGAGGAAAACUCUGCUUCAUUCCCACACCAAUCAAAAAUCUGAGCUGCUGCACAUUUAUGCAGAUAAACCCCAACGUGUGCUUAUUUCAGAUAUGAGCAAAUUGUGUAAAUGUCUUAAGUAUGUAUUUGAAAGUGUGCAUUUGUGUGUGUGAGUGUGUGUGUGUGUGUGUGUG